AGUCUUGUUUCACUUGAAAGAAGCGCUUUUCACAGCAGACCGCUUACAGCUUCUUGCCACGCCAGCAACCGUCACCAUGCGAUCAUAGGAAUCGAAGGCAGCAGUGCUGGCCACAGUACACGCAUGGGAUUGUAUGGUCUAGGCGUUGUGCCCGAUGAGGCCGAUAGAUCUCGCAAAAUGCCACUUUCUCGAAACCGGGUUUUAUGAUAGUUAGUAUUAUAGAAGGAACGUUCUCGCUCUCUGCCUUUCAUGCGCUCUCUCUCUCUCAUAUACUAGCUCUUGAUAUUUGACCAGGCGGUGCAAUGACGACAAGUAUCAACGUCGACUGCUCUUCUCCUCGAUGGCAGUCGCUGGGCCUACGUGGCUCGGCAGCCUUUUGCUAAUACCAACGUGCCCGUGGCUCACACCUCAUUUUGGUUUUUCCCCUUUCUCUUCUUUCCUCAGUGCAGGUGGAAGCACUUUCUUGCGGUGAUCGCGGCGGGGGCCUCAGUUUGUGUGUGCGUGUGUGGGUGGUGCAUCGGCUCACGCUCUCUGCGGUGCGUUGGCGAUCCAACGCGUCCUUUUUCGGGUCUUCCCUUUUCUGCUGAGUCUUUUGGGUUUGUUUUUUGUGUUUUCCUUGUUGUGGCGUUCUCUCUUAUGCCCCUCUUUGAAACGGCGCUGUAUACGGUACUUCAUGGGUCAGUGGAGAAGAGAAACAGAAGUGACGUGGCCAUGAAGUGCGGUGUAGUGAGGUGUUUAUGAGAGGGGGGCGGGGGAAGCGGAGAAGGAGGAAAGCGGGUGCGGAUGAGAGGACGGGAUAAUGAAAAAAUGGAGUGUCUGUGUAUGCCGCCACCGGUGUGUGCACACACACACAACAUCAACGCCGGUGAAGGGAGUGAGCUGCUUUUUUUUUCUUUUAAACUCCUGUGGGGAGGUGUGUUGCGGCGGGAGGCGCACGGUGUUUCCUCGUUCUACCUUCCACGGUUUAAAACGAAACAAAAACCACCUUCGCUCACUCUUCACCUUUGUCUCGCUCCUUGCCUUCUUCUUCUCCUUUUUGGAGGGAAGCCUUGUUCACCGAAACGCUGGAGGAGGUGUGCUCUGCGAUGGGAGGAAGAGGCGGGGGGGGGCGGACAAACCCGUGUACCCUAACCCUAGUGUGUGCGAAAUCGCUCGCGAUCGCUUCGUCGUUCGCCGCACCGCCUCCACUGCCUCUCUUUUCUUCUCUUUCCGCCCGGAAGAACCGCCAACGCUUCACCUGUUCAGAUUAUUCGAUGGGAAAAUCAGAAAAGGAGGAGUUUGGAUAUGUUUUUGGGCGGCAGGAUUGCGGAGAAGAGAGCAGCGCGGAAAGGGUGUGUGUGUGAACGGCGAAGUUGGCUCUGUGGUGGGCGCCCAAAACUUGCGUUCGCAAAAGAGAUGCAUCAUUGUAGUUGUUUUCGAACAGCAACAGCGGCCUUCUUUUUCGCGCCGAAGCGGGUGGACAGCGUUCUCACACAGAUGUUCUCUUCUGGUUGGUGUUCUCCUGUGA